GUAAUCAAGUGGGACGGACAUUUAAACUCUUCAAAUUAGACAGGGGGUGUAGACCUGAAGCGAAGAAAAAGAAAAAGGUCUUCCGAAUAAGUGGCAGAGAACGAAUAAUGUGGUCGGGCACGCGCCCGUUGGUCGUAAUCGUCGAAUUGUGUACUUAGUAGCAGGAGAUGCCCGUGUGGUGGGGGACGCGGGAGCGAGCGCUCAGCAUGCGAGUGUGCUGCGUGACCACGGUGCUGGCGGCGCUCGCGCUGCGCUCCGCGGCUGAGUCGCCGCGCCGGUACCCUGAGUGGCGCGCCGGCGCCCGGAGCCGGGAACUCACUCACUCAGCUCCGCUCCACGACCUCUUUGAGCCUGAUCUGGCCGCCGAAGCGGACUCGCCGUAUGUGCCACGACAGCCUCCGCCCUUACCGCCAGGCGCGCUGCACAAGGAACGCCGCCGGGUUCGGAACAAUAAACGAGCUCCGCAUCAACUACCCUCAGAAAUCGCCAGUCAAAUGAUGCUACGAGCUUCUCGCUCCGGCCGACCUUAUGACGUACCCCAAAUAGAGUGCCCACCGGCGGCCGACGGCAUGGAGCGGUUUGCAUGUCCUACUCCGGACCGACAAGGCCGGUAUCGAUGCAUCGACGACCACGUGCUCUGCGACGGGUUCAUUGACUGUCCCAGCGGCGAGGAUGAAGACCGGCAGGCAUGCAUGUUCUACAAAACGACGAAGGCCCACCUGGACGUUCUGGCUGACGCGCUGUUGCGGUGGGCGCGCGGCCGCUAAUAACCGCAUUCCUCCCGGACCUGACCCCUUUACCGUUCCAAUACUCCGCCAGUGUUACACGGACUUCAGUUAAACAGAUGCUGGAAUUGUCGGGCUUGUGCUCAUAAAUUACCAGUGAAAGCUGCGAACUCCCACAAAUAAUAUUCGGGCGCAACCAGUCAUAAUUACUUGUACAUGAGUUGAACGUAAUAAAACAUAUCAAGUAGUGGUGCAACCGAUGCCAAAAACUUGGCCACGUGAAGUGUAGUGUAAGGUUUCCAACUGCGUGCGUGUGCGACCAGAGAGCUACAGGCGCGACGCAGACGCCGGUCGCCGAAAUGCGAACACUCGGCAGCUACGCGUCGACGAUAGGAAGUGAUACGACCUGGUUUCGUCCCAAUUAUACUUCUCCGCAGCUGAUUUAUUUUCCAUGUAAUUCGUACCUUCUAGCAUUUAUUAAACUAAAAUGUGAGACUGGUAGUCGACAUUGUUAGUCUUUAGAACAUAUACAUAAAUAUUUUAGUGUAAUAGUUCUUAAUUUGACGAACGUAAAUAUUUAUGUCGAUUUGUUACUGUACUUAUUCAUAUUAUGUAUUUAAUUGUACAUUAAGUUACAAACAUUCCUUAUUAUAAUGAGGGUUGUAAAGUAAAUAAGAAAUAUCUACAACGUGUACAUAUGUAUACCUAAUAUAUUUAUUUAUGUUUCAUUUAUGCCCGGUUUCUGAAAGUAGCAACCUGAUAGCAAAUUUUCAUUAGUUAUUGAUUCAACAAUGCUAGAUGAACAAUGCUAAAACAAGACUUUCGAUACAAAGAUAAGUGUUCAUAACUGCAAUACAUAUACUAAAGUUUUGGAAUCAAUAACCCCGUCGAAUACAUACACUACUGAUAAAGAACUUCAGAAAUUGGGUAUUAAUGUGUCGGCCUAUAAUUAAGCGGCUAUUGGCGUCAAAUUUUAAGACGAUUCUACGCAUCUUCAGUCACAGCCGAUGAAGCCGAUUUUCCUAUGUUAUGUUUCUGUGAUGAAUGUUAUUCCAAAAA